CUGAGAUUUCACUCUUUCUUUUUGUUUCCUUGUUUUUUGUUCUUCUUCCCCCUUUCUCAGACAAAAUGUCUCACGAACGCAUUCUGAGCGCCGAAUCGCUGCUGCACCUUCCGACGUCGAUUCCGCUCGUCGACCAGCUCGGCGGCGAUGCGAUCUGGAAGUACUUUGCAAUGUGCCUCGAGACCCCGCGCCCGUCCUCCAAGCUCGACCAGAUUCGAGCCAAGGUGACUGGAGUGGCCGACAGGCUGGGCCUCGUGCACAAGACCGACCGAGCGGGGAACGUGCUGAUCUGCAAGCCCGCGACGCCCGGGUACGAGCAUGUUGCUGCAGUUGCAUUGCAGUGCCAUCUGGACAUGGUCACGUCCAAGAACGAGGGCGUCGAGCACGACUUUGACGUCGACCCGAUUCGCGUCAGGAUUGACGGCGACUGGCUCAAGGCAGAGUCGACCACGCUCGGCGCCGACGAUGGCAUUGGCGUCGCGGCGUGCUUGGCAUUGCUGGAGGACAUUGCGCCAGAGCGCAUGGAGCUCGAAGGCCGCUCGCACAAGGACAAGCGCGAGUUUGUCCACCCGGCGCUCGAGCUCUUGUUCACCGCAGACGAGGAGACAACCAUGAGCGGCGCCAUGGACAUUGACCCGGAGCUGCUCAAGGCGCGCCUCAUGAUCAACGUCGACUCGGAAGAGCAAAACUCAAUCUGCAUUGGCUGCGCUGGCGGGUUUGAAAAGAUUCUGCUGCUGCCCGUCGAGUGGGCCGAGAACGGCGACGAUGCCGCGGCGCUUUCCACCCCGGGCACAUUCACCCUGCUGUCGGUGCAUCUGAAGGGCUUGCUCGGUGGACACUCUGGCGCGCAAAUCCACGAGCCCCUCGGCAACGGCAUCCAGCUGCUCGCGCGCAUCCUGAGCAACACGAUCGAUGCCGCGCCUGCUGGAGCGGAUGUCCGCCUUGCGGCGUACAAGGGCGGCACGGCCAUCAACGCCAUCCCUCGCGAGGCGCGUGCAGUGGUGGCAGUUCGCACCGCCCACGUCGCAGAGGUCGUCACCCUGCUCGACACGGCGUUUGCCAGCGUGGUUCGUGGGCGCUACACGCUCGAGCAGGAGCCCAACGCAGUGCUUGCGGUUGCCACCAUGAGUGGCUCUGACGACUGGCACCGCACCGUCCCGACGCCGCUCAAGGUGGUCGAGGACGAGCUCGGCGAAUCUCCCGCCUUUGCUGCGGGCGCCACCAACGCGCGCCUCUGCGCUCUGACGCCAACGUCCACCCGUGCCUCGCUCGACUACAUCACGUCCCUGCACCACGGCGUCAUUUACAAGAGUCGCGAGGUCGAGGGCCUGGUGGAAACCAGCAUCGCCUUCACGGUUGCUCAGCUCACCGACAGCGGGCUGUACUGCCACCUGUUUGCGCGCUCGAGCAACGACGCUCACAUGGUGGAAGUGUCGCAACGGCUGGAUGAGAGCCACGGCGCUUCUUGGUGGGAGGCGCACGGGCUCACCCAACUGGCAGAGACUGCCGCAAGCCGCAUCAACGGCAAGACGCUGCAAAAGUUUGGCCCGACGCCCGCGCUGAACGGCUUCCCUGGCUGGAUGCCCAACCCCCAUACCGACUUGCUCAAAUCCACGCGCAGUGCCUACGAGUCCGAGUAUGGCGUGCAGCCCCGCGUCUACGCCGUGCAUGCUGGUCUCGAGUGUGGCUUCUGGCAGCGCACGUUUGCCGGCAUGGAGUGCGUGUCUGUCGGCCCCGAAGUCGCUGCCGCGCACUCUCCCGACGAGCGUCUCGAAAUUUCCACCGUCCGCCCCUUUAUGCGUGUGCUCCGUGCCACACUCGAUCUGCUCUGCCGUCAGUGAGCGUAGUUUGGCGAGUUGGUUGUUGUUGUUGUCGUUGUUGUGUGAGUUUUUGCUUUCUGAUGUCAAUCUAUGAAAGUCUCCCAAGUGAUACACGAACAA